GCUAAUCGGGCAAGGCAAUUACUUCUCACAAUCACCCUCAUAAUGCAACUCAGCUAUCAUAUUCAUAUCAUAUCUCAUCUCGUCCAUGCCCCUUGGCUUUCAUUAAAGAGAUUAUUGUAUUAUAGAUGUGAGAAGCAUCGAUGCCCCAUCAUUGUUGAGUUUAGCAAGAAAGGUACACCUUUACACGGCUUUUAUUUUUCCCAGCGACCCUGUCCGUGCGUGCCCCCAUUUUCCCUUGCGCCAACACUGUCCUAUCAUUUGAUCCCUCACACGUGUCGCUUUCGCGUGCCUUCCUUUUUACAGCUGCCUCCUCUUUUCUGCUUUCCCGGCCCAAGGCCCGCGUGGCCUCCACUGGAGCCCAUCUCAUCAUCCCUCUUCCCAGACCAUAGCUUCGGCUUCCACGUAGGCUCGUACAGCCGUUUCACCCGAACCUCAAGAGCAAACAGAACGAGUGCAUGUUUAUUAAAAUAAUGAUAAUAAUUGCCCUGCUGAUAACUUAGCUUCCGCCUCUGGUUGUACUCGCUGCGUGGUGUGAAUAGCAUCAUCUUCUCUGAGAAGCCAAGAAUAAAGAAGGCCCCAUUGAAAGCUCAGCUCAGUACUAGACUCUCAUCUCUUGCUUCUCUUCCAAGCCUCUGAUUUCUCACUCUCUUAAUCUCUAUAAAAUCUCUGACUUUCACUACUUAAUGCCGUCACUAUUGCUUCCGCCGUCUUAGACUUCCACUUCCUCUCGCCUCUUUUUUCAUUACCGUAUUUGCCUACGCUUUUAGCUUCGCCUCUCAUGGCGUGGCCGAGGGAGCCGGGAUGCGGCAUUGUUUCGUAUGUUCUGCUUUUCAUGUGUUUGGCACAGUUGCAGUGUCAUUUCCAUGCGCUUGCCAUGUUGGACCCUCUUGAUUUCUUGGCCCUGCAAUCGAUUCGCAAGUCUCUCAAGGACAUGCCGGGGUCGGAUUUCUUUUCCUCUUGGGAUUUCACCGCUGAACCAUGUAAUUUUGCCGGGGUUUACUGUGAUUCCGACAAGGUUGUUGCCCUUAAUCUCGGCGACCCCAGAGCUGGUUCUCCCGGUCUGACGGGUAGGCUCGACCCGGCGAUUGGUAAGCUAUCUGCUCUCACCGAGUUCACGAUUGUGCCUGGUAGAAUCUACGGCUCUCUGCCUCAGUCACUCUCCAAUUUGAAGAACCUCAGAUUCCUUGGCGUUAGCCGGAACUUCAUCUCCGGCGUGAUUCCAGAGCACUUGGGCGGGUUGCGCAAUCUCAGAACCCUCGAUCUCAGCUACAAUCAGCUCACUGGACGCAUUCCUCCGUCCAUUGGAGCCUUACCGGAGCUAAGCAACUUGAUCCUUUGCCACAACCACCUCUCCGGUUCAGUCCCCUCGUUUGCGUCACACACCCUUACUCGACUUGACCUGAAGCACAACUCUCUCACGGGCUCGCUCGCUCCCAAUUCUCUCCCUCCUUCACUCCAGUAUCUCUCCCUCUCCUGGAACAAUCUCAGCGGCCCAGUGGAUCGGCUCUUGAACCGGAUGAACCAGUUGAACUACUUGGACCUUAGCUUGAACCGGUUCACAGGCAUCAUUCCGCCUCACAUAUUCUCAUUUCCACUCACCAAUCUUCAACUGGAAAGGAACCAAUUCACCGGCCCUGUCCAACCGGUUAAUCAGGUCGCAAUCCCAACGGUCGAUCUCAGCCACAACGAGUUCUCGGGUCAAAUAUCGCCCAUGUUCUCGACCGUGGAGAAUCUAUACCUCAACAACAACCGGUUCACGGGUCGGGUUCCGAGCAACUUCGUGGACCGGCUAUUGGCAGCUAGAAUACAGAUACUGUAUUUGCAGCACAACUAUCUGACCGACAUUGAGAUCAGUCCAACGGCUGAGAUUCCAGUGAGCAGCUCGUUGUGUCUUCAGUACAACUGCAUGGUCCCGCCCAUACAGACGCCAUGCCCCUUGAGGUCUGGGAAACAGAUAACGAGGCCUACUGCACAAUGCAACGCAUGGAGAGGGUAAAGUUGGAAAUUCUCACCACCCACAAUGACACAUCUAGGAUUAUAUAAUCAAGGGUCUUUUUGUAGUUUUGUUUUGAUUCAUUUAAUUUAAUUAUGUAAUAAUGGAGGCAGGAUGAUGAACAAGCGACGUGAAAUGUGAAUAUGGUA